AAAUGAAUUGUAGAUGAAUAUGACGAUGAACGGCAAACGCUCAUGGAUUCCUUUCAGCGGAUGCAUCCCAACACGUGCGCUUCCUCAUAGACACAGUCUGGCGCGUCAGACAGUGGCUGAUACAGGAACUGUAUCGGUCACGUGCUUUCCCAACGCGAUACGCGCACCGACACAGUGCUUCGCUCUAAGAGCUCGACGCAUGCGCCGACGCAUCGGUGUUGCCGGACCCAUCACUAGUGACCUGCUAUUUCUGUUGCAAGACUUUCUCCUGUGUUUUGUGGCUACGGAGUGAGCUUUAGUUGAAUGUACCUUGGUUUGGUUUUCCUUUCGUUAGGGUUCAUUAAGUAGCACUUUGGGGAGGAGUUGUUUUAUUUGUUAUUUUGAACUUGGCUCACCCUGAAGCACUGUACAUACCAGUCACACUUUGAUUGAGAAUAAACGUCCGAAACCUAUUUUCUACUUGGCGACUGGUGUUUCCGUGGGAAUCGGGAGCGGGCCAAGGGAACACAGUGUGUUGCGUCCGCACUCCUAGACUUGGGGCGUAACACAGCGGGUUUUUUGUUUUUUGACACGGUGCUUUGAUUUAAUUCCGUUUUAGCUCAUUAAGAUAAACAAGAAAACCUGUGUACGUUUUAUUUUAUCUUCAAGACAAAUUAUCCGGAAUAAGGACAAUAAAGAUCCAUUACUCCGUCGUUGUACUCUUUCAAAAUAAGAGUCUCGCUUUCUUAGAGCACACGUGAAGUCUGUGUUCACCGUCAGAAUGUACAAUGAAUCUGUGACGCGUGAAUUCAGCUGCAGUCAGGAUCAUGAUAGUGAGGUGUCUACACACCGGUUUACUCGUUUCUCUGACAAUGAGCAACAAAAUGAAUUUAUUUAAAGCAUCUCGUUAAAAACCACUAAACCUGCUAUAAAAAAUAAACACAACUGGCUGUGAAGCUGUUUUUUGUUUUAAAAACAGACACACAAUUACAAAAAAAGUAAACAAAAACACAACGACAAAAUUACUCGGUUUCCCAUCUUUUAAUCUGGUGGGGAAAUCAAACUGUUAAACCGUACACGGACCGACGCUGCUGCGGCGUUCAAGUGGUGUCGGACAUUACAGCGUUAAAAAUCACGUCACAGAAAACGCGCAACACGUGAAGUCUCUAGCGCCACAAAUGAAUAAAACAAUUAUUUAAUUCAAAUAACCAAGCCUUUGUGUCAUUUCUUCAUUAAGCUUAUUUGCACAUAGAAUAUUUUUGUUUUUAAAUGCAAAGUUGUUGUAGUUCGUUCAGCUGUUUCAUCAUCCUGCUGUAAACUUUCAGUUUCGAAGUUCCGCCUUUAUGUGAAUCAGCAAGCAAGAAAACAUGUUCCGGUUCGAUCAUAGACAGACUGAAGAACAAACUACCAGAUUGAGCUUCAGACAAAUUCACCACCUUCCUGUGAGUGAGUCCAGCUCCAGGAGAGAAAAGUGGGAAACUCCACCUGCUGCUUCAAGCUGCUGACGCUCCACAGACUGAAGCUUCACUCAGACACUAAAUGGCUUCCAGAUCAGAGGAGGAUCUCUGCUGUCCAGUCUGUCAGGACGUCUUUACAGAACCUGUUGUUCUGUCCUGUAGCCACAGCUUCUGUAGAUUCUGUCUGAAGACGUGGUGGAAAGAGAAACCAACACGUGAGUGUCCAGUCUGUAAGAAAAGAUCUUCAGGGGAAGAUCCACCUGUCAGUCUGGUGAUAAAGAACCUGUGUGAGUCCUUCUUACAGGACAGAGCUCAGAGAUCUUCAGAGACUCUCUGCAGUCUGCACCAAGAGAAACUCAGACUCUUCUGUCUGGACCAUCAGCAGCCAGUUUGUCUCGUCUGUCUGCAUUCAGAAUCACACAUCGACCACAGAUUCAGACCCAUCGAUGAAGCUGCACAACAACACAAGAAACAGCUUCAGGAAACUCUGGAGCCAUUAAAGAAGAAGUUAAAGGUCUAUGAACAAAUGAAAGAGAAGUUUGAUCAGACAGUAAAACACAUUGAGGUCCAGACCCGACGCACAGAGACGCAGAUUACGGAGCAGUUUAAGAAGCUCCACCGCUUUCUAGAAGAGGAAGAGGAGGCCAGGAUGGCUGCACUGAGGGAGGAAGAGGAGCAGAAGACUCAGAGGAUGAAGGACAAGAUGGAGGCUCUGAGCAGAGACAUAGCAGCUCUGUCAGACACAGUCAGAGCCACAGAGGAGGAGCUGAGAGCUGAAGACGUCUCCUUCCUGCUCAACUACAAGGCUGCAGUGGAAAGAGUCCAGCAGCGCCCCCUGCUGGAGGAUCCACAGCUGCCCUCAGGAGCUCUGAUAGACCAGGCCAAACAUCUGGGCAACCUGAGCUUCAACAUCUGGAACAGGAUGAAGGACGUGGUCUCCUACACUUCUGUGGUUCUGGAUCCAAACACUGCAAAACCAGGACUGAUCCUGUCUGAAGAUCUGACCAGUGUGAGAGGAGGAGACAAACAGCCGCUUCCUGAGAAUCCAGAGAGGUUUGAUGAAUUCUGGUCUGUUCUGGGCUCUGAGGGUUUUAACUCAGGGACUCACAGCUGGGAUGUGGAGGUUGGAGACAGUACAUACUGGUUACUGGGUGUGUUACCAGAAUUUGUCCAGAGGAAGGGAGACUUAUGGUCUGGAUUAUGGGGAAUAAUGUUCCUUAAUGGUAAAUUCUCAGCAUUGUCACCAACAGCUUCAAACACUGAUCUUCCACAGCAGCAGAAGUUCCAGAGGAUCAGAGUAAAUCUGGACUGGAACAGAGGAAAACUGUCUUUCUCUGAUCCUGAUACUAACACACACAUACACACCUUCACACACACUUUCACUGAGAGACUGUUUCCACUCUUUAACACUGGGGAUAAACUGAGUAUUUCACCAGUGAAGGUCUCUGUGACAGUGGAUCAGAGACGUUAGAGACAAAGAUGAUGAUUAGAUUCAUAAAGUUGUUUAUUUCUUCACUGACUUUAACCUGUUAACCUGCUCCUGUUCUACUGAUGCCUCAUUAGUACAAAGCUUUGUUUUAUAUCAUUGUUUUAACUUCCUUUUAUUGAGUGUAUUGGAUUUACUGUAUUAACAAUUUUCCUACAAGUAUUAUUAGGUAUUUUUUUGUUAUUUAAGUUUGUGUCGAUUCAUGUUCACAAACUAUUCCUUUAGUUACUGUUUAGUCAGAAGUAGUUCUUAGUUGGAAGAGAAAAUUUUACUGUCUUUGUAAAAACUGUGCUUUUCUCUGACACUACACACAUCAGCAGUUGUUCUAGACAAUCUUCCGAACAUUGAUAAUUAAACAUUUAAAACUUUUAUUAACCUAGAAUAAAGCUCUAUAUGAAUCUUUAA